CAGUGGCAGCGACAAGAGGAUCAUUCCACGGUCCAACCUUCACUUCCUCACACAAGUCUUUCAGAUAACCGAUGCAGCUCCGAGCUGGCCGGAGUGAGCCUGCCCCCUACGGUCCAAUGCGCAUAAGCCCAUCUUCCGAUGAUCAAUGGGCCACGACGACACCCUACGACCUAGUCCAUCAAAUGCAGCAUCUCUAUGUCAGAGUCGCAAAGGCCCGAAACCUUCAGCCCAGCUCUAUCACCGGGCGACCCUGCAACCCCUACGUCGAGGUGAGGCUUGGCAACUACAGAGGCACGACGAAGCAUUUCGACAGGAGGCCGAACUCAGAAUGGAACCAGGUGUUUGCCUUCUCCAAGAACAGCAUCCAGUCUUCGACGCUGGAGGUGUAUUUGAAGGACAAAGAGAUGGCGAGCCGAGAUGAGUGUAUCGGUAGGGUGGUGUUCGAUCUCAAUGAGGUCCCAGCUAGGGUUCCUCCUGAUAGCCCAUUGGCGCCUCAUUGGUAUCGGUUGCUUGACCGUCGAGGAGAUGGCAAGGCGAGGGGGGAGAUAAUGUUGGCAGUGUGGAUGGGGACACAGGCUGAUGAGGCGUUUUCCGAGGCCUGGCAUUCUGAUUCUGCUUCAUUCGUCGAAAAUGGAGGAGCUCUCAACAUACGCUCGAAGGUGUAUGUAUCACCUAAGCUCUGGUAUCUUCGUGUCAACAUAAUCGAAGCACAGGAUGUUCGACCGGACAGUAGGAAUCACCGUCCUGAGCUCUUCGUCAAGGCCCAAAUCAACAACCAGGUUCACAAGACCAGGUUUUGCCCGUUGACGGCCAAUGCCAACCUGUUAUGGAAUGAAGAGUUCAUGUUUGUCGCUGCUGAGCCUUUCGAGGAUCAACUAGUCCUCACCAUUGAGGACCGUGUCAGCCCAGUGAAGGAUGAAGUACUCGGGAGGCUAGCCCUCCCGUUAUCAGUCUUUGAAAAGAGACUCGAUCACAAACCUAUAGUGCACUCGAGAUGGUUCGAUUUAGAGAAGUUCGGUCUAGGCCUAUUCGAAGAUGAUGCUAGAAGAGAGAUGAGAUUCGCAAGCAGAAUCCACCUUCGGGUCUGCCUCGAAGGAGCUUAUCACGUCAUGGACGAAGCCAUGGUCUACGUAAGUGAUACUCAGCCUACCUCCCGGCAACUGUGGAAGCCACCAGUGGGAGUUUUGGAACUUGGAAUUCUUGGCGCCAAGAAUUUAGUACCGAUGAAGGCCAGAGGCAAGACCGAUGCCUACUGCGUCGCACGGCACGGUCAGAAAUGGGUUCGGACGCGAACAGUCAUCGGAUCGUUCAGUCCAGACUGGAAUGAGCAGUACACUUGGGACGUGUUUGACCCGUGCACAGUGAUCACCAUCGCAGUGUUCGACAACUGCAAUCUCUCUGCAGUCGGCAGAGAUUCAAGAAUCGGAAAGAUUCGAAUCCGACUGUCGACUCUACAGUCUGGUAAGGUACAUACCAAGUCCUACCCUCUAUUAGUUCUUCAGCCAUCGGCGGCCACAGGAGUGCACAAAAUGGGCGAGCUCCAGCUAUCUGUGCGGUUCACAUGCAUAUCCUAUGCGAACAUGAUCCAUCUCUACAGCGAGCCGCUCCUCCCGAAGAUGCACUAUGUGCAUCCCUUCACGAUGGGCGAGAUCAGCAGUCUCCGACGCCAAACGAUCGGCAUCAUCGCAGCGAGGCUUGGCAGGGCUGAGCCACCACUGAGAAAGGAAGUGAUUGAGUAUAUGUUAGACGGUGAUGAGCAACUUUGGAGCUUGAGGCGGAGCAAGGCGAACUUCUUUCGAAUAAUGGCUCUGUUGUCGGGGGCGAUCGGAGCGAUUGGAUGGUUCAGGGAGGUGUGCAGGUGGUCGAAACCGAUCACAACUGUUCUUGUGCACGUUUUGUUUCUCAUACUGGUUAGAUGCCCAGAGUUGAUAUUGCCGACGGUGUUUAUGUAUAUGGUCGUGAUUGGAGUGUGGAGGUAUAGGGGUCGGCCUCGGGGGCCGGCGGGUGGACGUGUGGCGGCCAGUCCGGAUGAGCUUGAUGAGGAGUUUGAUACGUAUCCGACGAGCAGGUCGCCGGAAUUGGUGAGGAUGAGGUAUGAUAGGCUGAGGACGGUGGCAGGGAGGGUGCAAGCGGUGGUCGGAGACGUGGCGACGCAGGGGGAGCGGAUCCGAGGGUUGCUGAGCUGGCGGGACCCACGGGCAACUUGCUUGUUCGUGGUUUUCUGCUUAUUGGCGGUGGUGGUGAUGGCAGCCGGGCUGUAUAAGAUGAGGCAUCCGAGGUUUCGGAGUAAGAUGCCAUCGACACCCGGAAACUUUUUCCGGCGAUUGGCGUCAAAAAUUGAUGGCAUGCUCUGAAAUUGAGAUGGAAACUCGGAAGAUUGCAUGCUUCGGUUUUUUUUUUUUAAAUAAGAUUAUUUGAAAAAAAAAUUACAAUUUGUGAUGGUUGAGAACCUACUGACUCGUGUGUUGCCAAUCCAGAUGUUUUUGAUUCGUAGGUCAUAAGAUUAUAACAAAACAUACAUUUUCAUGCCAGAUUAUUAAUAGAAAUAUAUAUAGUGAAGAAUGGGUGUACAA